UCCGAUCGAUCCGGUUCCUAGUUAUAUCGGCAUCGGUAGCUAAGUUAUGAAGGUUAUGAACAUCGAUGUUCAUCGAGGAACGUUACUUUUUGUCCUCUUGUGAUCCUCAACUAAUCAAUCCUCGAGUGAUCACCAACAACUGGUCAGGACUGUAGCUGACGUUGACACUAGCACCAACUAACACGGUAGUUGGUUUUAGUUGGUUUUUCACCAUUUUUCACGUUUCAGCUGUACCUAACCUGUCUUUCGUGAUCUUUCAAAAGAAAGGUUUAUCGGCGAGUUAAAGGGUACCUGGAACCGUUUCGCUGGAAAACAAUUGAACGUUACGUGUUCUCUGUGAAUGGAGGAUUAAAGAAUGGAAGAAGUAACCAAAUGUAAAUACAUCGAUUGCCUUGAUGCCCGAGAAAAAGAGCAUAUACUUCACGAACUUCCCGUUUGCGAUACCAGUCUCUGUGUGAGAUGGUUGAUCAACAGUGGUCACGUAGAUCUAAUUGGAAAAGACUUGAACGCGUUGCGGUCUAUGAAAUUUUUUGUUUGUAACAAUCACUUCACAGACGACUGUUACCUUAGCAAAGGUACUUUGAAGGAAAAUGCAGUCCCUUCUCCGCACUGGAGCAACGUUUCGAGGACGUUAAAGAACGCGAGAGCACCAAGGAAAAUUCAAGUAAACGGCGGUGAAAGUUGUAUGCCAGAUGUACGAAUCGAUCAACCGUCGGAGGAAACGUGUCUCUUUGACUUCGAAGCGGAUCAAUGGUGUAGAACGUGUGCUACCAAAAAGCGAAACCUUGUAAGUAUGACCACCAAGGGAAAGGGCACAGAGAUGAGCCUUCUGUCAAAAUUGAAACUUUUGAUAGAAAUUGACGACGAGGAUGCUUUACCGACAAAGAUGUGCGACGACUGCGUCGACAAGUUGGAGCAGUCUUUCAAAUUUUUUCAACAGAUUUACGUAGCAGACAAUACGUUGCGUCAUGUAUUCCCAAAUACACGAUCGAACAACACGCCCAGGAAACCUCUGCAUACGCUCGGUGAGCAUAUGAGAAAGGAGCAAACGGAACAAAGAAACGAGGAGAUUGAAGAGCAAGAUCGCGGCCCAAGAAUUGCACGCGGUGGUAUUUUCCGACGUGGUCGAGGUAGACCUCGUACUCGAGGAUACGCUGGGAGAGCACGAUCGAGGCUCAGAUCGAAUCAAAUUUCAAUGUCGAUUACGAGCCAUAGUCGAGAUGACAACGAUGCGAUCGCAAGUUCGAUUUACGAUUCCAGCGUUAAAGAACCGAUAAUACGAAAGAACAAAGUUUCUUCUCGAAACGAAAAGGCAGUAUCGUUCGACAAAGAAAGCCAAGCUGGUACGGUGUUUUCGUUGCUGAUGGAUACGUGUCGUAGCGACGAAGAACUCGAUUGGUCGGAUGUCUUAAAAUUAAUGAACCGUGAAAAAUAUCAAGACUCGAAAGAUGAUGGGAAAUUGACCGAACCAGAGGAAAAAUUGGAAAGAAAGAUGCCGAAAACGGCAGAGAUAACGAUCAAGACGGAUACGGAUACGGAUACGGAUACGGAUACGGAUACGGAAGCGGUAAGGACAGAGGCGGUAGAGGCGGUAGUGGCAGCGACGGCAGGCUCGGGAUCGGAGACGAAUGCAAAGUCGAAUACCGAAAUGAAAAGUAUAGUUGAGGUAGACGUCGAGAAUCCUCCCGACGGGAACAAGACGAAAAACGAGUACGAAACUCGGUGUAUACGUUGUCAAUUUUGUAACGAGACAUUCAAAUCGAAACGACAGUUGGAAAUACAUUUGGUAAACGAUCACUCUCAAUUACCUCGGUACAUGUGCACCGUUUGUUUGGCUUGUUACGAGAGCGAAUCUCAACUUUCGAAACAUGCCGUUUUGCGUCACGGACAACCAAGAUAUCGCUGCGAACAUUGUCAAGAAGAAUUUCUCGAGAAAAGAGUAUUAAGAGAGCACGUGAACGAGUGUCAGCCGCGCGAUGCUAUACGUUAUUCUUACGAGUCGUGCGGAGUGACGUUUACUUCGAAGCAAAUUCUUGUACAACAUAUGAAAAGUAAUGCCGAAACGAGCGCGAUCGUCGCGUUGCAAUUGGACGUAGGCGACUCGAAAGGAAUCGAUAACAAGGUAUCUAGUUUAGCUGACAAAGUCGCGCUACAACACGAACAAGAAGAAAAAGAAAAAGAAAAAGAAAAAGAAAAACAGGAAGAAAAGUACUGUCCCGGCAUAGUCGCAGCUUCGAACGAUGCGAUAACGUUAGAAUCGAAAUCGAUAAAAGAAUUCGAUACUAGGACAAGUUCGAACCGUACGAUCGAAAUGAAUACGGAACAGAGUGGAUUCGAGGAGAACAAAUUCGACAAUUGUCCGGAUUGCAACGAAAAGGUGGACGACACCGUAGACCCGAACGUUCAUCGAAUCCGUUGUCGCGGUGUAAAGAGAAAAGAAACGUCGUGCUUGGACGAUUGCAAACGCGUAAAAGUGUCGCCGUGAUCUGUGUCUAAUCGACGCGUGCCUUUUUUUAUUUAAUACAUUGGUGAUUUAU